AUGAAGCUCACUGCCGUGACGGUCUCGUACGCCGGUUUCUUCCGUUUUUCCGAUCUGAUUCGCAUCCAGUGGCACGAGAUCCGCUUCCUCCCUUCCCACAUGGAGCUUUUCCUGGAAAAGUCCAAGAACGACCAGUAUCGAGAGGGCCGUUGGGUUCUGGUGUCUCGCGUCGGCGGUCCCUACUGCCCGGUCGCUCUCGUCGAGAAGCUUCUCGCUGUCGAAAACUACUCGCUGUUCGGCCCGGAUGGGCUCAUCAGAAAUGUCACCAUUUCUCCUCCUCGCCAGCCUCAUCUCAGGUGCGACCAGCCGUGCUAUAGCACGGUCCUCGGGUGGUUCAAGGAGGGCGUCAAGUUGCUCAACCUGAACCCUGACGAUUACGGCACGCACUCGGGGCGCCGCGGCGGAGCGACGCGCACCGCGAACACCGAUGUCCCUGAUCGCCUCUUCAAGGAGCACGGCGGCUGGCGCUCGGAGCGGGCGAAAGACGGCUACGUCGUCUCUCGACUUCAGGCACGUCUUUCGUUCCGGCGUUCCGUCGUCGCUUGCCGCGGUCCCGCCCGCGCCUCGCCGAUUGGUGCCGACUACCUCGCGGCCGCCUGCGCGCUCGAGUCCGCUGCGCCCAACCGAAGCGGGCCUUUGGUGAAGCAGGCCAGCAAUGCGCGCUUCAUGACGCACAAGGGUGGUGUGGUUCCUCGCGCCAUGCUUGUUGCUGAUGUGGUCCCUCACGAUGAGGACCCUGACUGCAAAGAAUUGCUUCCCAUUGUCAGGAUCCCUGUAGGAAAGGGUGCAAAUUCAUCUAGAGUUGUAACUCUCAUCCUGGGGUGCAGCAAACACACGUGCGAUAUCUGUUUGAAAGCGGGGCACCUGGCGGAGGUCCAUGAGAAGUUUGCUGACAGAAGCACUGCGGGGAAGAGGAAAGCCUCUGGCAAUCUGAUCCACGCAGCCAAGCGGCGGGAAACUGCGCCUCCGUCUACUCUUCUGGCGGGAGUUCUAGAAGAUCCUUUCACGGAGUUUGUUGAGGGGAAAAGUCUGAACCAAGAAGCCUGGCGCUGCAGCGCUUGUGAGGACAAAUCUGGCGGGCCUGCUUUCGGGCUCAGUUACACUGGUGCGAUCGCACACAUUGCCUCGGACAGGCAUCUGGAGAAGCUUGCAAAAGGUGAACUCUUCUUUGUUGUGCUUAUGACUGUUUUCAGCUUUGAAAUCCGCUUCUUACAUAACAACUUGACAUGA